GAAAGAAAUAUUGAAAUUUAAGUCACAAGGUACACGGUACACAGCCAAAAAUCCAUGUGAAGGAGGACUCUUCUCUGUCUAGUUGUCUUAAUUUGUCAUCAUCAACGUAGAUCUACAGCCAGUAAAAAAACAAAAGAGCAAACAUGUCUGGGAAGGACGACAGGAUCAAUGUGUUUCCAUCUAGAAUGGCCUUGACGCUGAUGAAAGCUCGACUGAAAGGAGCCCAAAAAGGCCACAGCUUAUUGAAGAAGAAAGCCGAUGCUCUCACACUUAGAUUCAGAAACAUUCUUGGGAAGAUUAUUGAGACUAAAACACUCAUGGGAGAGGUGAUGAAGGAAGCUACAUUUUCACUGGCUGAAGCAAAAUUUGCCGCUGGUGACUUCAGUGAGAUGAUCUUACAGAAUGUGGAUAAGGCUAGGAUAAGACUCAAUACCAAGAAAGACAAUGUAGCAGGAGUGACCUUGCCUGUGUUUGAAGCGUUCACUGACGGAUCUGACACAUAUGAACUGGCUGGACUGGCCAGAGGAGGACAGCAAGUAUCAAACUGCAAAGAAGUGUUUGGAAAAGCUGUACGCCUCCUGGUUGAACUAGCCUCCCUUCAGACGGCUUUUGUGACACUGGAUGAAGUUAUCAAGGUCACCAACAGAAGAGUUAACGCUAUAGAGCAUGUGAUUAUCCCCAAAAUUGCAAGAACAUUGAGUUAUAUUUCAACAGAGCUAGAUGAACGAGAAAGAGAGGAGUUUUAUCGUCUGAAGAAAAUCCAAGAGAAGAAGAAAAAAAUUAGGGCACUUAAAGAGAUAGAAACAGUGGAAAGAUUGGCUAAACUGAAAAUUAAACGUGAAACAGAAGCAAAAACUAUUUUCGCAGCUGACAAGGAUGAGGAUAUAUUAUUCUAGCAAGUGGCACUGCACUUAUAUUAUAAAUAGCUGUUAUAUAUGUUUUAGAAUUGUUUGUUGUUUGUCAAUUCUGUACUUUUAGUGUGAUUGAUACAUUAAGUUUAAAGUACCAAAGUA